AUGUUCGCAGCACCACUCACGUAUCCAGUACCACUCGAUAAAAUGCCGAAGCACACCAAGACCUUCGAGGCCAGCAAGAAGUGCCAGCAGGAUGCCUCCAUGAAGGCAGCUUUCGAGAGCAAUGAGCAACACGACCACUUACCAUCGGAGAAGACCUGGAGAGGAAGUUGGCUUCUGAUGUGGCUGGACAAGCACCCAUCUAGCGAAUCUCUCUGGAGCAGGACAAGGCAUCGCCGAAGUGAUGGCCAGAGCACAGAUGAAAGAACAUACCAUGAGCUGGCCAGAGGUCGAGCAGUCUAA